UAAGAAUGUCAAAGCAUGGAGGAGACAGGUCGAGCCAUGUUGAGAGGACUACGUUUGAGCGCGGUACAAGCACUGUUUGUGUAUCUCUGUUUGUGCCAAGCCCAAUGGCAAAGCAGGCAACAGGGACAGGGACAGUUAAUCCAACGACAGCCCGUCCAGAAUCAACUUGUCCAACGGCAAACACCUCAGCAGGGGAGCAAGCCGUCACAUGGUGUGGACCCUCAAACCAAAAAGCUUUCCGCUCCCUCUCAGAGUUGUCAGGUAGAAGACUUUGACCGGGUCAAGUGCGGGGAGCCAGCAAUAACUAGCGCUGAAUGUGACGCUAUCAACUGCUGUUUUGAUGGGGGCCUGUGCUUUUAUGGAUUGGCGGUGACGCUGCAGUGUACCCACGAUGCCCAGUUUAUAGUUGUGGUUGCCAAGGAAGCCACUCUGCCUCCCCUCAGUCUUGAUUCCAUCACCUUUGCUGAGGAAACGGGGGCUUUCUGUGAACCUGCUGACACCACAUCAGCAUUUGUCAUCUACCAGUUUCCAGUCAGCGGCUGUGGUACCACCAUGACGGAGGAAGAUGACUACAUUGUGUAUGAGAACACCAUGUUGUCGUCCUAUGAAGUGGGGAUGGGACCUCGUGGUUCCAUCACAAGAGACAGUUCCUAUAAGUUGAUGUUCCAGUGUCGCUACUCUAGUAGUGCUGUGGAGGCUCUUGUGGUUGAAGUCAACGCACUCCUUCCCCCUCCCCCAAUAUUCCAGGAGGGGCCCCUAAGGGUUGAGCUCAAGCUAGCUAAUGGGGUUUGCACAACUAAAGGAUGCACAGAUGAGGAUGUGUACAGUUCGUACUACACCGAGGCAGAGUACCCAGUGACCAAAGUUCUGAGAGACCCAGUCCACGUAGAAGUGCUCAUCAUGGAGAGGACUGACCCAAGUAUCUUCCUGCUUCUGGACCACUGUUGGGCCACCUCCACCCAAGACCCCCUCAGUCUUCCCCAGUGGGAUCUUCUGUUUGACGGGUGCCCAUACACAGAGGACCACUACCUGACGACAAUGGUACCCACCUCUGGGCUUCCGUACCCCAACCACCACAAGCGCUUUGUUGUCAAGAUGUUCACCUUUGUGGACCAGGACUCCCUCCUCCCAGUGCAACAGAUGGUGUUCAUUCACUGCAGCACAUCCAUCUGCUACUCUGCUGGUGGAGACCACUGUAGGCAAGCAUGCAACAGGAAACGACGAGCCCUUGACGCUGUGAUCGAUUCCCCCAGACAAGUUGUAGUCUCUAGUGGUGAGGUAAUCAUGAUUGAAGACUGGCCAGUUUUUAAUAUGAGCCGUUCAGAGGGGCCAGUUUCCAGAAAGGGUGAAGGCCAACGAGUCGUGUCAAACUUGACCAGCUAUGGCAUACUGGGUGUGAUUGCCGUGUCCAUCUUUGGGACCUCUGGUCUGGUGGCUGCACUCCUCUGGAGGAGGAAGCCACGGCUGCAGACUGUACGAGUGUGACCUGAAUACUAAAUAAAAAAAGCGCUAUUCAACUAA